AUGGCAGAUUUCCUAUUAAGACCAAUUAAGCAACGCCACAAUAAUGAGAGCAAGUACGUAACAAUAGAGUCUGCGGGCGGAUCGGUGUCCAAGAUCGAGCCCAUUGCGGAUUUCGUCAUAAAAACAAAACUAAUAUCCAGUAGUGGCCCAGAGAAGUUACAGGAGGGCAAGAAGGUGUUCAUCAACGUUUGCCACUCCCAGCUGGUGCCAAAACCUGAGACCGACUUCGAUGCGAGAAUAGUGUUCCCGCUCAUUAUUCAGAACGAGUGGGAAAUCCCCAUCAUCACAUCGUGUUAUCGCAGGGACCAUGACAAGAAGGGACAAGAGUGCUACACGUGGGACUGCUGCAUACACAGCGACUGCUCGCGUUGGAUACGCGAGGACAUCCAGCUGCGGGAGAUACUGGUGGAAUGGUGCCUGGAGUCGUGCGAGAUCCGUGAUUCAGUGGCAUUGUGCAGGGACCACAUUGCUUUCCCCAAGAUGAAGCAGAAAGGUGCAGAGAUUCCCGCGCUAGAAAUUUUGAACGAUGACUUGCAGCGGGAUUACAAGACGAAGAUGCAUGAGAUCAUAGAACAGGAGGCCAGAGACCCGAUGAGCAUGCUGAGAGUCAGCGACGAUAAUGAUGGUGGCGACGACGACGACGAGACACUGCCACCACUGUUUCCCGCGGCCAAAGAGUCCCCCGGAGUCAAAAUAGAGGAGAUCGACGAGAGCGAAGUCGCACGCAAGAGAGACGAGGAGUCUGUUGUGGCGCGGGAUGAUCAGGAAGACACGUCCGAAUAUGAAGUGAAGAUGAAGAGGUACGGUGGGGCGGAGUACAAGCUGCGGAUCCUCAUUGAGGACAAGGCUAAGAAUUCGAAACCGGGCCUGUUCUUCCCGAGCUACAGCGCGGCAGAGAACGUGUUGUACAUUAACGAAAAGCUCAGCAUACCGUUGCCGUGCGACAUAGUCAGCAGCGCGGCAGAUAUCAAGAUUUUCCACAUUGCCAAGGAACGCAAGCUGUACAUCUACAUUUGA